AUGGCGAUCGACUCGGACUCAAAACGGAGCGUUGAGAUCAUCAAAGUUGAAGAUGCCAAUGUCAACGCCGAAGCGAGCUACCUACAGCGAUAUCCGCUCCUGGUGAACAAGACCGAAGAUGGGCUUAAGGCGUUGAACAAGGCUGUUCUAAAGAAACUGGACUGGAAGUUACUGCCAUGCAUUACUAUAAUGCUACUUUUUCGGUCUCAACAUCCAGCUCUCGUGGGAAACAACUGUUGUCCCGCGUCCACGCACGAAGCGCGCUGCCCUCAUCGCCAUCGCCAACUGCGUGUCGUCUAUCUCGCACUGGUUUAG